AUGACGGAAUCAUCCUCUUCACUCAAGACCCCAAACAGAGGCAACGGAGCCGAUUAUGAAAAGUAUUCUUUCACCCAAACCUUGGCAGAGGUGACUGUUCAUGUUCCGGUACCAGUGGGAACCACCGGAAAGCAAGUUAAUGUGGUGAUUUCGCCAAAUCAUUUGAAAGUUGGGCUUAAAGGAGGAGAACCCAUUAUUGAUGGAAAAUUACAUGAAAAAGUUAUUGUGGAUGAUUCAUUUUGGCAAAUUGAUGACAAAAAGGAAGUUGUUAUCUUUUUACAAAAGGCAAACACCAUGCAAUGGUGGAGUAAAUUAACGGAAAGUGAUGCAGAAAUUGACACCAGAAAAAUUGAACCUGAAACAUCCAAGCUUAGCGAUUUGGACCCAGAAGCAAGAGCAACAGUUGAAAAGAUGAUGUACGAUCAACGUCAAAAACAAUUAGGAUUGCCAACAUCCGAAGAAAAACAAAAGCAAGAUUUAUUGAGAGAGAUCAUGGAAAAGAAUCCAGAAGCCUUCAAACAUCCUCCACGUAAAAAUGAUGAUUAG